AUGGAUAGAGCAGCCGGUGAAGAGCAUAUCAAGUCAGUGAGUAAACGUGAAAUAAGCACUGAUGAUAUGCUAGAAAAAGAUGAUCGAUUUGUUAUCAACAAAAGUGUUAGGAAAGCAGAAAUGGUACUUGAUGCAUGUCAACAAUAUUUCAUUCUUGGUACCAUGAUUCCACAUGAAAUCGUAUUAACAUUGUCAAAAUUAAUUUUCAAAGUAUCAUCGUUCAAUAAUUUAUUCAAUAUGCAUACAAUGCAACGAUUAUGUGCCAUUGAUUCGAUUGUUGAUAGAGAAAUUAAUUUGAAUGGUUUGAAUGCAACAAAUCUUAAACUUUUACCUUUUUCCUUUAAUCUUCCUUACUAUACAAUGUGCUUAAAUAUGGAUGUGUCAUCUGAUUCGUGCUCUUCACUUGAUUCCAAUUACACUGAUUUAUUCAAAUCGCUUGUUUUAACAUGUCAAUCUAAUCAAUCUUCAAUUCAAUGUCAACUACCCAUUGCUAAACAAAUAUCCAAUAUGAUCUUUCAAAAAAUUGAUGAACCUAUAAAUAUUAAUCAGCCAUUUUAUUUUGCUGUAGUUUUACCGAUUUCACAAUCGAACGAUGGUUAUUCACAUCUUCAUUUUUAUUCAAGUUUACUUCAAAAGUUUCAAGAUAACUAUAAGGAUGAUGAGUUGAAGUUAGUUGGGGCGCAAUUUGGUGUUAAGCAAGGAUUAUUUGCGGAAGAACUUCGAAGUGAUCUAAGACUUGGCGCAGUUGCGAUUAUUACAGUAGUAUUUAUCAUACUGAUAUAUACUGAUAGCUUUUUCUUCACAUUUUGUAUCACUGCUACCAUACUAUUAUCAAUCGGUGUUGCAUUCUUCGUUUAUACGGUAAUUCUUGGAAUCAAAUUUUUUCCGUUUUUGAAUUUACUUGCGAUGAUACUUGUCGUUGCUGUUGGAGCCGAUGAUGCCUUCCUUUUCAUGUAUCAAUAUCGGAAACAUAAAGAAGAUGCUAACAAAAAAUGGUCACCAAUGCUAACAAAGUGUGAUAUAAGUAAUGUAAAAGAAGAAAAUUUUGAUAAAGAAGAGUUAAUGAAAUGUCAUCGUAAACAGGUGACAUCAAGUUUAAGUGAUGCAAUAUCACAUGCUGCAAUUUCAAUGUUCGUUACAUCAGCAACCACUGCUGUUGCAUUCUUUGCUAAUCUUGCAUCAGAAAUUAUGGUCCUUAGGUCUUUUGGUAUAUAUGCCGGUACGUUAAUGAUAAUUAAUUACGUAUUAGUGAUGAUAAUACUACCUGCUGCAAUUAUUAUCAGUGAUGCAAAUGUUAAAUCAUUUGCCACUUCGAAAUUCUUUAUUUCAAGAGUGAAAUCUCGAAUUAACCAACUUUGGUGUAAUGCUGGUAUCAGUUUUGAUAAAGUAUUUAGCAGAUUGAUUCCACAAAUUGUAUAUAUUAUUCGAAUACCACUAAUAUUACUAACUAUUGUUGCAUUCGGUGUUUCACUUUAUGCAAUUAUUAAAAGUCCUGGAAUUCGAUUACCGGAAAAAAAUUCAAUCCAGUUUUUACGUUCUAAUCAUCCAUAUGAAUGGUUUGAUGAAAAUGCUGCAACAUUGUUUGAUUUUUCGAUCGGUCAUCGUCCAAAAAUGAAUGUUAUUGCUAUUUGGGGUAUCAAACCGACAAUAAGUGAAAGUUUGCUAAAUCCAAAUAAAAAAGGAUCGCUAAAUGUGGAUAUUGGUUUUGCUGAUGUUUUAGCUAAUCAUUUACUGGAAUUUCAGGCUUUGCUUAAACAUGUUAGCCAUCAAAUUAAUCCAAGUGUGAAACAAAAGUUAUGGUUGGAUGAAUUCAUUAAGUGGACAAAUUUGAAUACAACUACAAAAGAUUGUCAACUAUUUGGUGUAAAACAAUCCAAAUUAUCAAAUCCAAAAUCAUUUACCGGCAAUAUGCUUUCACGUUGUUUCCUUCAAUACGGACAUGCAAUAUCAUUUCCGAUAUUUAAUCAAUGGGAAAAAAAAGAUAACGAUGGACCAAUAUUUGAUAAAAAUGGCGUCUUCUUGGCUUAUUUUUUAAUCACUCAUAGCAAAUAUAAUUUCUCAACCGUUUUCAAAGAAAUGAAACCAUUUUUCGAUUUUAUAAGUAACAUGAAAGUGGAACGAAGUGAUAUUUCAGAAUUUAAUCAACCCUUAAUUCUAACAACUAGUCAAAUAGCAAAAUUGUAUGAUUUAUUGGAGCGCAUUUUAAAUGGUACAGCUAUUUCGGUAUUUAUUUCAUUGAUGGUUAGUAUGGUGGUGAUUAUUUUUAUCACUUUUCAUGUGAUCCUAUCAUUUUUGGCUAUCAUUUGCAUUGCUACUGUUGUUACUGUAACUAUUGCUAUCGUACUUUGGGCUGGCUGGACAGUUAAUGUUGUCGAAGCAACGAUAAUUGUACUAACAAUUGGAAUGAGCUUUGAUUAUUGUCUUCAUUUUGCUGUUGGUUUCCGACUUCAUAAAACCGGUGAUUACAGGUAA